GGUUGUCUCACAUUCCCCAGUAAGAUUUACCUGAACACUAGAGUCUGGGAUUCAAAUACGACAUCGCACAAGCGAGCAACACACCACUGGCACAGACAGUUAAACACUUGAAAACAAAACAAUGAGUGAAUCAGCAGAGGCUGUGGCUGCCACCCUCAAAAGCAGAAGGAAUGUCACCAUUGAGAUCACCAACCUUAGCAACAAUUACUGCCUUGUUAACCCCAAGGUUUUCUUAGACAAUGGCAGCGUCCACAGCCCUCCCCAGCCCACUGUUCGCCCACAGAAGACAGAAGUCUGCAACUUCUCCAAAGACUGCGGAAAAGCGACAGGUGCUGUAGGCGUGCUGACCUAUGAGCUGUUUGGCCGAUCAGCCAACAGUGCCAAAGAGAUUAUAGCAAUAAUGUUCUCUGUGCCAUACGACUACAACAUUUACAAAAACUGGGUGGCUGUGGGAAUUUACAAUGUGGGCAAAGAAUGCAAUGUGAACCUCUACAAAGAGAUGUACUACAACAAGGAGCAGACAGGCUUUGUCCGGCAGGAGUCCAAUGGCAGUGGGAUCAUCUUUGAGGGCAGCAACGUGGACAUCAGGGCCACCAUGUCCCCCAUGGGCAGGGCCAUACUGAAGGUGGAAAUCUGGGACAAGCUUUUCACCCAAAUGGCACAGUGCACUAACUGAUUAUAUUAAAACAAGUUCAUGUUAGACAUGGUCAGCUCUGUGUAAACCUGUGCUAAUAUUAUUCCUGUUCAUGCAAUAAAAGCAUACCUACUCAAAG